CACAGAGCUAAAUUAGCUACCCAGCAGCCAGAGUCGUCAGUUCUGUAGUUAAUUAUCCAAAGAUUAAGUAGUUAAAUUAGUAGGCACAAGCGUAUUUACAUGGACGCGAUCAGCAGCCUGAUGCUGCAGGGAGGCUGGAGGAAGGGCUCAUGGACCGCCCUAGAGGACAAGCUGCUCGCCGAAUACGUGAAGCAGCACGGCGAGGGCAGCUGGAACUCUGUCGCAAAGCUCACCGGGCUCCGGCGUUGCGGGAAGAGCUGCCGACUGCGCUGGGUGAACUACCUCCGGCCGGACCUCAAGCGGGGCAAGAUCACCCCCGACGAGGAGACCGUCAUCCUCCAGCUGCACGCCAUGCUCGGCAACAGGUGGUCGGCGAUCGCGCGGUGCCUGCCGGGGAGGACGGACAACGAGAUCAAGAACUACUGGCGGACGCACUUCAAGAAGGCCGGGCCGUCGCGGCGCGCCCGGGCGCAGCUGCUCCACCAGUACCAGCUCCAGCAGCAGCAGCAGCGCCAGUAUCUCCAGAGCCAGCAGCUGCUGCAACAGCAGCAGCUGCAGAACCAGCAGCUGAUGACGAACCAACAGCAGGAACAGCAGAGCCCUCCGGAGCCUGAUCACCAGGCCGUGAUGGCGAUGAUGAGCAACGUCCUGCAGAACACGGAGUGCUACCGCGAUCCGGUGCCGAUGUCCGAACAAUGCGUGCUCCCAGCUGCCGAUGACGACGCGCUGUGGGACAGCCUGUGGAUGCUGGUCGACGGGGACGGCUGCGGCGACGGCUCCGGUGGAGGCGAGUACUAGCUAGGCUGCGGCGUGGCACGUGCAUGAGUGUAGACGUGUAGUUUGCCAAUGUAAAUUAAGAGAGUGGAACAGGAGGUACUGCAGGUAUUCACGGCUGCUGCAAGGAUUCUACUGGUUGUAGUUGUGAUAAUAUCAUGCAUGGCUAGCCUAAUUUUCAAAUGCGAAUAGUUCGUCAUGUACUCAUGUUUUAUGUCUUAUGUAUGAGCCAUGAGCAAGUGGCAUUAUAUGAA